UUCCUACUAUACAAUGACCUAUAUCUCUUUACUCUCCACUAUACUUGUCAAAUUACGUGCUACAAUUCGGUCCGACUUGCUCGUUUUACAAGGAGUUCAGUAGCCAGCUAUCCUAGUAUAUUGUAUAGUUAUGUGACAGCACUUUACCCCAUGUCCCCCGCAUGUCUCAACCUCGAUCUUCCCCACGAGGCAACACCUCCGCAUUCUAUUUUGCAUGGUAUCGUUUGGUUUGAAGCCCACAAAUUUCUUUAAACGGUUUAACACGAAUGAGCUUGUAGGAGGGGGAGUGCAGCAAUCAUGUAUCUCUGGUUACUUGGCAACCGUGUAUGAGGUGUAAGCUCAUGGCCAAAGAUUUUCCUGGGAAAGGGAUACGGACGUACAGAGCGCGUGCACAUUUUAUGAGAAAUUGGGUGCAGCCUCGCAGGGAUAGCUUUUUCGUGGCUUGUUUCUUGCCGACUCGAGGGAUUAUUUUGAUUCAUUUCAUGCAUUUUGACUGGUCAGCGUACGGCCGGUUGGACUUAUACUGUUCAGCAAUUGAUAAAGCUUACGAUCUUCUGUGCAUACAUAAAGUGUGGAGAAUUCCCCGGUCUUUACGAUCAGUACUUUUGGUCUCUGUUGAUCUGAAGAAGCCUGCAUCUCCAUACUCUUAGGCAGACCAAGAACAACUUUUUGUUCUCAAUUGAAUAGCAACAGUCUUCAUCAUGCCCGGAGGAGCAAUUGUUCAUGGCACGACGGAUACGUCCCGUGUAAGUAAUGUUUUCUUUUAGCUGCUAUUGCCUUCUGAAUAUCCAUCAAGUGUUCUCGAGGCUACUAUCUCGAUGGUACUGUCUCGAUGGCAACACAUCAUUGAUUAUUAUUGAAUGUCUAUCUAUGUAUCACAAUGCUAAUAGUAUGUAUUGUAGAUCGAGGCGCCAGUAACUGCUAAGGCAUACUUUAUGUAAGUUCCUCAUGUCAAUUGCGAAUCUACGAGCUCAAAACAAUGACUGAUACUUGUCUAGGUGUGCUUUUGCAGCAUUUGGUGGUAUUUUCUUCGGAUAUGAUACAGGUUGGAUGUCUGGGUACGUUCUUCAAUACCUUGGUAUAAAUUACCCAUAUGUUAAUGAUUUUAAGUGUUUUGGCAAUGCCUUAUUUCAUUACUCAAUAUACUGGAUUACAAAAACCUCCUGCAGAUGCCCCCAAGGCAACUUUGGACGCAUUCGCCAUAUCUGCUAGCAAUCAAUCUUUGACAACUUCUAUCCUUUCUUGUGGUACUUUCUUCGGGGCUCUUAUCGCCGGUGAUGUGGCCGACACAAUUGGACGUCGUUUGACCAUCAUUACUGGCUGUGCAGUCUUCUGCGUCGGAUGUAUCAUGGAAACCGCCUCCACUGGUCUUGGUCUUAUGGUUGCAGGUCGUCUAAUUGCUGGUGCUGGUGUUGGAUUCAUUUCUGCUAUCAGUAAGUCUCAUCCAAUAUCAGCUUUCAGCUCCGAAUUGUCUAACCAGUUAUCAAUCAGUCAUCUUGUACAUGUCAGAAAUUGCUCCGAAAAAAGUGCGUGGUGCUCUGGUCUCAGGAUAUCAAUUCUGUAUAACGAUCGGAAUCUUACUCGCCAAUUGUGUUGUCUACGCUACACAAAAUCGGACUGAUACUGGCUCCUACCGAAUCCCAAUUGCACUUCAGUUCUUAUGGGCAAUUGUCUUGGCAGGUGGAUUGUUCAUCCUGCCCGAAUCACCACGUUACUAUGUUAAGAAAGGUCGUCUUGAAGAUGCUGCCAAGUCUCUAUCCAAUGUUCGUGGUCAACCAAUUGAGUCGGAAUAUAUUCAAGUAAGUGCAUGCGAAAUUUUCAUGUGGCAUCUCCUAACACGGCAUAGGACGAACUUGCGGAAAUUAUCGCAAACAAUGAAUACGAACUCUCAGUCGUGCCACAAACGUCCUACAUUUCUCAAUGGACUAAUUGUUUCAAAGGUUUGUGGCUUCGGUUGUCCGAAACCAUUAUCUUUUGCUUACGCAUAUGCAGGAUCCAUGUUCGACGGGUCCAGUAACGUUCGAAGAACCUUUACUGGUAUCAUGCUCCAGUGUAUGCAACAAUUCACUGGUAUUGUAAGUCAUAUGCCCACCUGCCAAUUUCGCACUUCCAAGUUACAUGGUUUUACCUGUUGGAUCAGCACAUCACUGUAGAUCAAGUACUAAUCCAUAUUUCGUAGAACUUCAUCUUCUACUUCGGAAAUGUCUUCUUCAAAUCUCUCGGGACGAUCAAAAAUCCCUUCUUGAUCUCCCUAGUCACUUCCUUGGUAAACAUGUUGACUACCCCUCUUGCAUUCUGGACCGUUGAACGCUUUGGUCGUCGUACCAUCCUUCUCAUUGGUGCUUCCUGUAUGAUCACUUUCCAAUUCAUAGUUGGUAUCAUUGGUGUGACCGCCGGCGAAGCCGACAGACAUAACAACUCGGCCGUAUCAGCUAUGAUCGCUUGUAAGUAUCCAAUUCACAAUCCCCUCUCUCAUUCUUCCACAAUAAAUUAGUCAUCAUGAAACAUCAUACUAACCCACGCAAAGUCAUCUGUCUGAACAUCGCCGCCUUCGCCACAACCUGGGGCCCAGCCGCCUGGGUCGUCGUAGGAGAAAUCUUCCCGCUCCCCAUCCGCUCUCGCGGCGUUGGUCUUUCCACCGCCUCCAACUGGUUCUGGAACUGCAUCAUCGGAGUCAUCACCCCGUAUCUCGUCGGAACACAAAAAGGCGAUGCGAAUCUAGGCGCUAAGGUUUUUUUUAUGUGGGGUUCGCUUUGUGUGCUGAGUUUACUGUUUGCAUUUUUCUUUGUUUCGGAGACGAAGGGUUUGAGUCUGGAGCAGGUCGAUAGGAUGUUAGAGGAGACGACGCCGAGGACCAGUGCUAAGUGGGUGCCGCAUAGUACGUUUGCGGCGGAGAUGGGGUUGACUGGUAAGGAGAAGGUGGGGCGGGCUCAUGGUCAUGCGGGGGCUGGGGCCGGGGAGAAGGGGAAUGUAUUGAAUGAGGUGGAGCCGACAGAGGUUAAUAGUGAGGUUGUUUGAGGUUUUGGUGGUGCAUAUGCGGUGAUGGUGGUCGUUUGAGCGGAGAGUGGAAGGGGACAAAGGGGUUGUGAUAUCUGGUUUGAGCUUUCAUUUAUGGUGCCAUGAUAUUUUUAGCCUUUUAGGGAGGAAAAGAGAAUUAAUCGUUCAAUGAGUGCUUGAAAGCGCGGAGGUCUACCGAUGUUAGAUGGGAUGGGAUGGCAGCAUUGGAUAUAUAAAUACUACUUUGCCUUGCUCCGUAGAGUGAGUAGAUCCCACCUAAUUCCUUAUGCGUAGAGCUUAAAUAUACCUGUUAUAUUCUCUAUCGUUUAGUUGUCUACUUACUUCUUAACUGGUACUAAUAAUUAUCACUAUUAUAAAGU